AUGGACUGGAUAUCAUUUGGGCUCCUAACGAAAUUGAGGAAAAGGUUUACUUACGAUGACAAUCAUGUACAAACUUGCAACACAGAUUGUACUCCUCAAUCAAUAAAAUCCUUAGAGACACCUAAAAAGAACAAGGAAAAACCACAUCAUAAAAAAGGAGCAUUGAAAAUACUAAGGAAAAGGUCAUUAUCUCCAUUCAGGGGAUACAGCAACAUAAUGCCUAGGAAGACGUCUACGGAUAGUAGCCGGACACUAAUAGGUAGAAGUUCAACAUUUGAAAAUUCUAAGAGUUUACGGGGCUGUAAUCUGUAUCAUAGUGGAUCCGAGCGAAUUAUGAUAAGGAAAGCCUCUGUUCAAGGGUCAGUUGAGGUAGACAGUCAGCAGCAAGGAAAAGAACGGAACUACAGGAGAAUACUACACUGUCAAGGAUCAAUAAAAAAGCCUAAAUCGGAUACAGAUCUAUAUCGGAAAUUAUAUCGGCUUCCAGACACAAAGAAAAAAGAAAAUACAUGCAUAAUAGUUGAACCAGAAGAAAAGAAAGUUAUAAGUAAUAAUAUACCGAAAAGGCUGCCAGAUGUUAACGAAAGUCAAAACCAGCCCCAAUAUUUGACACCUCUUUCAUCAUCUGGGAAGGGGAAGUCCAGGUCUGAUUCUGUGGUAUCGUCAGUGACAUCUGAAAACACUGUUCAUAAUAUUCGGGUUGUGUUUGAUAAUCUUGUGAUGCCCGGUAUUCCUUCUGGAAAUAGAAGGAUUGAUUAUGACAUUGCUUCUAGCUAA